AUGGCUGCUGUAAGUCUGACUCCAGAGAAAGCACUCAAGGAAAAAAAGAAGCUUCUCUUCCUUAUUCAGACUGGAUCUUUCCGUAUGGUGUCAGAGGAGGAGCAGGCCAUGAGGUCCAAGCUGGAGCAUUUGACAGUGAAGGAUCAUGGGCCGGUGUUCGGGCCGUGCCACAAACUGCCCGGACACACCGUGCAAAAGGCAAAGGAUGAGCUGACUGAGACGGUUGAGAGGCGGGCGUCGGCCCUGAAGGAGCUGCGCACCCUGAUGAAGGAGAGAGCGGCGGAGGGAGACGACCUGCUCAAGCUGGUGCUGGAGCACUUUGGAGACCAACCGGACUCUCUGAUACUUCGCUUCCUCAGAGCUCGCAAGUUCGAAGUCGUCAGAGCCCACGAGCUCAUGAAGGGUUAUGUGCGCUUCAGGAAGGAGUAUCCCGAGCUGUUUGAGAACAUGACCCCGGAGGCCGUCCGCAGCACCAUCGAGGCCGGUUACCCCGUGGUUCUGCCCAGCAGGGACAAGUACGGCCGCGUCGUGCUGCUCUUCAACAUCGAGAACUGGGACCUGGAGGAGAUCACAUUCGAUGAGAUCUUAAGAGCUUACUGUGUGAUCCUGGAGAAGUUGCUGGAGAAUGAAGAAACCCAGAUCAAUGGCUUUGUCCUAAUUGAGAAUUUCAAGGGCUUCACCAUGCAGCACGCCUCGGGGAUAAAGCCGGCCGAGCUCAAGAAGAUGGUGGACAUGCUGCAGGACUCGUUCCCCGCCCGUUUCAAGGCGGUCCACGUGACCCACCAGCCCUGGUACUUCACCACGACAUACAACGUGGUCAAACCCUUCAUGAAGAGCAAGCUGCUGGAGAGGGUCUUCGUCCACGGCGACGAGCUGAACAACUACUUCAAAGAAUUUGACGCGGACAUCCUGCCGGCAGAUUUCGACGGGAAAGCCUCUGCUGCGGACUGCCAGGCCAUCGCCACCAAGCUCUUUGGCUCCGAAGACACUGCGCUCUGA